CCUUCAGCGUCAGACUGCUGCUUUCUCUGAACAGCAUCUUCGGCAAUGGCGGAUUACGAUAACUACGAUGACCGGGAUCGGGCGUACGGGAGCUUCGGUGGCGGAAGAGGACCCCGAGGUGGUGGUGGUCCGAGCGGACCCCGAAAGCAGAAGGAACUUCCCACAGAGCCUCCUUACACAGCGUAUGUUGGCAACCUGCCCUUCAACACAGUGCAAGGAGACAUAGAUGCCAUUUUCAGAGACCUCAGCGUCAGGAGCGUGCGACUAGUCCGAGACAAAGAGACAGACAAGUUCAAAGGUUUCUGUUAUGUGGAGUUCGACGACUUGGAAUCUCUGAAAGAGGCUUUGACAUACGACGGUGCUCUGUUAGGAGAUCGAUCUUUGAGGGUGGACAUCGCAGAGGGACGAAGGCAAGAACGUGGCGGCGGAGGCUUCGGCUUCCGGAAAGACGACAGAGGCCGCGGUGGCUCCCGUGGGGCCCGAGGAGGGGGACGAGACUCCAGAGAAGACUUCGACCAGUCUGGAGGAGGUGCGGCGUGUGAAAUGGGAUUUAGAGAUGAUGACUUCAUGGGUGGGAGGAGUCGAGGAGGCGGUCGCCCUGGCGACAGAAGGGGGGGUGCUGGAGGCGGAGGUGGCGGCGGCAUGGGACGCUUCAGAGAUGGACCUCCUCGUGGAGGCCAGACAGACUUCAGAGAACCAUCUGACGAGGAAAGGGCGCAGAGACCAAGGCUACAGCUGAAGCCACGUACAGUGGCAGGUCCCCUUAACCAAGUGGCCAACCCCAACUCGGCCAUCUUUGGGGGUGCCAAACCCAGGGAGGAGAAUUAAUAUCUGUGUCAGUGUGGCUGCAUUAUUCCGGAAGGCUAUACUGGAUCCUGGCUUUGAUCACCAUAAAAUCUUUCAAAGACGUCUCCCAGCGACACGCAGGCAGAGGCACGAGGUGCUGGUCUCCUCUCGAAUCCAAACGAGCCCUCUUCCGAUUGGCUUUUAAAAAAAAAGCUUGUGGAGGUGGGGCUUCUAGAACGGGGGCGGGGCAUAGUCUUAACUCCGCCUCUGCCUGUUUUUGCUGACUCCUCCCACACGCCUCAGAGAACCCUAACUUGGAGGACAACUCCAUUUCCAGGUUGAUACCAUUGUGUUUAAGGACUUCAAGAUCUCUUUCCCUUUCCAAAGUAUCUUUGUGUUUCGAAUUUGUAGACGCGAGGGCAUAAAAGCCGGCGUGUCAUUUUAUAUUUUGCUCUUUAAAUUUCUUUACUGUAUUUGAAAAUUAAAAAAACGACAACACAUUGAGCUUGAUUCUUAAUUAAACCAUUUCAAAGUGAA